UAUCUCUGACUCACAGGCGGCCUUUGUAAAAACAACAAAGCACUAGAAUCUCAGCCGGCUGUUCACUUUUCCAUUAAAUACCUGUGACUAAGACUUAUAACUUCAUUCUUGGGCAUAAUUAACUUCAGUCGAGAUAUCAAUAGAUCCGCAAAAGCACAGAAAUGGCCGAUCCACGCAUUCGCCAAUUGACAAUAAAGACAGGAGUCGUCAAACGUUUAGCCAAGGAGAAGACCGUCUAUGAAAAGGAGGUCCGCACGGAAAGAACCCGCUUAGAAAAGUUUAAGAAUGAUGGAGCUGACGAGCAUGUGCUGCGCAAGCAGGAGGAGGUCAUUAUGGAGUGUGAGAUGAUGGUUCCAGACUCAAAGAGAAGACUCAUACGGGAGUUCGAGACAUUGCAGAAGUUCCUCGAAGACGAGCAGGAUCUCAAAGAAACCGAGGCGUACACCAAGGCCGCAGAAGUUAUAAGUGAUGCCAAAACUGUCUUGGGAUUAUGAAUUUAUACGACAACCGCACAUUCCCUUUUAUAGCAUUUAAAACCCAUUAAUUAUUUACCUCAUUUUACCUCGGCCAGCUGGCCGUUAGUCUCAAAUUUCAAGUAUUUGAUACAAUCUUUAUUAUUGUAAUUAAUAACCCUUGUGU